CCGCCCGGGACUCUUCCCCGAUCCCCGUCCUUCCUGCUCCUGCCCUUGGCGCCCCGGAGUAGCGGCCAUGGAAUCGCCGGCCGAGGAGCCUCCGCCGCCGGACCUUUACCGCGACACGUGGGUGCGCUACCUGGGUUACGCCAACGAAGUCGGGGAGUCUUUCCGGGCCAUCGUGCCUGUCUCGUUGGUCUGGGCCAGCUACGGAGUAGCGACUGCCUACGUGGCAGCUGACGCAAUCGACAAGGGCAAGAAGGCGGCGGCUGUGAGUACAGACCACGGGACGAAACCAUUUCUCAAGUCAAGGGCCAUGUUCCCUUCUGGGGGCCGCACGCUGGCGAAGGCCGUGGACGAAGGGAGGAGCAGGCAUGCCGCAGUGGCAGUCGUGGACACGUUCAUAUGGCAGGCUCUGGCUUCCGUGGCCAUUCCUGGCUUCACCAUUAACCGCAUCUGCGCAGGGUCACUCUACCUCAUGGCCAGCAUGACGCACUGGCCUCUCUCGGUCAGGAAGUGGGCCACCACUGCCGUGGGACUCUCGACCAUUCCUUUCAUCAUCAAGCCCAUCGACAGGUCAGUGGAUUUCUUGAUGGACUCCAGUCUCCGCAAACUCUACAAGACAGAAGAGUAAGAGGAAGUCCUCCUUCACCUGGCCUACCACAGCCUCCGGUAGCGAAACCAGGCUAUCACCCACCCUCAAAGCCACUACCACUUUCUCUGUGGUCUCCAUGUUAUCUAGACUUCUAAAAUAUUGAAAUCCAGCUUGGUGGGACCUGUGCUUAACCAAUCCAGCUUGGUACUGUGGAGCCAACAAGGAUGGAUCUUCUGGCAGCUCAGGAUGUGUCCUAAAAGCCUACGUAGAGACUGGUCCAUUUCCCAUGCCAACAGAACUUGCACGUGGCCUUCUAGAAAUCCUUUCACAUCCUUGUUCAGGUCAAUGCCAGCCCAGAUAAGGGGGGCGCUGAGAUGUACUUAAAGCACAACCUCUUAUUAUUUUUUUGUUUAGGGUUCCUGGCAGCUGUUUCUCAGUAGCAAUGUGGACUAGCAUGCUGACAGUUUAUUUUGCACUGUGAACCCCCUCCUCCAGCCAUGGGAGUGGUUAAUUGCACUAACCCGUUAACAACUUAAGUAGAGCCAGUUCUAAAGGGUUCCCAUUACUGCUGCUCAGCUGAAAAAGUUAUUUGUAGUUCCGUCGAUCUGGCUUGAUGAUAGCGACACUGUACACACUAUGCGUUUAAAGAAUGACACCCCUCAAAAAAUUCUGGGUUUAUAGCUCCGGGGUAAACUACGGGAGAUGGAAGGGAUUCAAAGUUUUAUCCUAGUCCAACCCCCUGCAAUGCAGGAAUCUCAAUGUAUGCUUCCAAUGCAUGGUGUGUACCCAAGCCAGUGAGAAUUUUGGCAUCUAAAUAAAUGAAACAACUUUCCAGA